CAUCCGGUCGGGAGGAGGAGCGGCGGCGGCGGCGGGAGGAGGCGGCCGGAGGCGCCGGAGGGUCUCCAGCCAUGGGCGUGGCCGGCUCGCGAGCGGUGGUCCCCCAGCGGACAUGCGAUCCUGAGACCCAGGAGUUGCUGAAGGAAGAAGGUUGUGAUGAAACCUGCUGCGGACGCUUUCUGCGCCGUAUUCUAAGCUGCCUACGCUACGUACUGAACUGUCUCUGCUGUUUCAUAUGCUCUCUAUGCUGUGGAAAUGGAGCUGCUUCGAAGGACUUCAUCAUCUACGUCCAGACCACGGGUGCCACAGGUGGCUGGGAAUGGAAUUUCGUAAAUGAGGUCUCAAAGCACCUGCCAGCGUGCCUGUCCUGCUCUCUGAAGGUGGAGAAGUUCAGGGAGACCGCCUCGAAGCACCCCAUCCUGCUCUUCUGCCCCAUAGCUUCCCGCAUGGGCACCGACAUCGAAAAUGCCCUCGAGGGAGUCAUCGGUGAGCAGAAGGUCCUCCUGGUGGUGAUGCAUUUUAUCCCAAAGGACAACCCAAUGGCUUAUGUGGACGCCAGGCAGCAGGGGCGGUAUCCGGCGGUGGUCCUGACCGUGAAUACUCGCUACACCCUCCAGGAUGGCUUCUACCCGUGCGAGAUGAACGAGACGGCCGUGGCUGACGUGGCAGCUGCCAUCCAGGACCUCGCUAAAGAUCAUGGAUGGGGGACCUGCUGCUCCCCUUAAGUGGUGCCGUAGAGGGGCUGUUGAGACACUGUUGGGGAUUGCUGCAGUGCAUGCUGGGAAUGGAUGGACUCAGCGCAUGGGGUGUGUGUAGGGUGAUGGGCUUCCCCUGGAUUCUUGCGUGGGUGGGUAGGUGGGAUUCACACUCCUCCCCAGCCAUGUGGCAGCAAACUGCCUCGAGCUGGGGAGAAGGCUAGUUGUCCCUCUGGGCAUGCACAGACCUGCCCUGAACCUCAGGCUGACCGGGCAGAGCCGGGCAGGCAGUGACCUGGCGUGUUCCUCUGUGCAUGUCGAGGGAGGGGGGGUGAAUGGCUAGGGUGGGUGGGUUUUCUGCUCUCCUUCUUUGCUUUUACACACCCACUGGGUGAUUUAAAACAGGAGUUGGGGGCAGGGAGAUCUGCCGUGUUUCCCCAAAACUAAGGCAGGAUCUUUAAUAUAAUUCUUCUUCCCAAAAAAAAGAAUUAGGGCUUAUUUUCAGGGGAUGCUUCAUUUUUUUCAUGUACAACCAUCUACAUUGAUUCUAAUACAGUCCUGUCCUCUUCUUCUGGUUGCUGCACAAGGGUGGGGGGCAGGCUUUCAAUUCACAGGGGCUUAAUUUUGGGGUAGGGCUUAUAUUACGGGCAUCCAACAGGGUGGAGGGGCGAGAAGAACAAAGUUUGCCCCCGAAAUAAUGGGGGGGUCUCUGUCUUUUCCAGGGCUGGGGAAAUUAUACUGUUUUUAUUUGCUUACAGCCCCCUCCAGAAUCCCCCCACCCAGCAUGCCUUACCUAGAAGAUGUCCGUGUCUAAGGAUGCUCUCCUAAUCAAACCCCCCCAAUCGUGAUCCCCCCAAGGGGGUUGCAAAGUGUUUUGGGGGGACAGAGGUGCUCCUGGGCAGUCGAAAGGCAGAUCAUGGAAUAGGGGUGCAGCCUGUGCUGGAUGGGGUGAGCCUCUCCCUGAAAAGUCAGGUGCACAGCUUAGGGGAUGUUCCUGGAUUGAUCCCUGAACCUCAGUGCCCAGGGUUCAGUGGUGUUCAGGAGUGCUUUUCCACAAUUAAAACUAGUGUACCUGGAAGGUUCUGAUCUGGCCACGGGGACACACGCCUUCGUUCCCUCCCGGCUGGAUUCUUGUAAUGCACCCUGCGUGGGGGCUGCCGAUGGAAAGGGUCAGGAAACUCCAGAGGGGAGCCUAAACGCGGCAGCCAGAUGGCUGACUGGGGCUGAUCAAGGGAUCACGUAACCACCCCAGCCGGAUGCAGCUGCGCCACCACCUGCUGAUCCAUUUCUGGGAUGAAUUCAAGGUGUUGGUUUUAACCUAUAAACUCCUAAAAACUUUGCACCAGACUCUUUCAAGGACCACCUCUUCCUUGAUGAGCCUGCUCCAGUGUUACGAUCACCAGGAAGUAGCCUUCCUCAUCAUCCUGCCACAUUAACAGAUGUGUUUGGUGGGGCCACAGGAGAGAGGACCUUCCCUGUCGCUCCUCCUUUAGACUCUGGAACUCCCUCCCACUGGAGGCUAGACCUGCCCUGUCUUGGAUGACCUUCUGCAAGCAGGCAAAGACCUUCCUCUUCAGAUGAGCCAUCUCUCAAUAACUAGACACGUGUGUUUUUUAAGAGGAUUGAUACUGUGGUUUUUUUUUUCCAUUUUUGGGUUUUCCAUCUCUCUCUGGACUUUUUCCCCCUCUAUUUAAAAUUUGUAUGCCUCUUGCGCCUUUGUUUUGAUCUUGCCUUUUAAUGAUGUAACCUGCCCCUUUAUAUUCAUGGUUCCUGGCUUUAAAUAUUGCCUUUUAAGGAUGUGAAGCCUCCUUGUGUACUUAUUGUUUUAAACUUUACAUAUUGUCUCGCAUUGUUGUAAGCCCCCUUGGGUCCUUUUCGAGGUGAAGGGCAUGGUAAAAAUAUUCUAAGCAAAUAAAUAAAUUGAUGAAUG